UUCUAGAAUAUGAAACCGUUUGUAUGAUAGGAUCCGGUUCGUUCGGUACGUGCUUCAAAGUUAGAAACCGAACUACUGGAAAGUAUUAUGUUUGGAAGACUAUAAAAUAUGGAACAUUAUCACAAGAACAGAAGAAGGUGUGACGGAGAAACUGUUACAUAAUUCAAAAUAGUUCCAAUAUUUAGAUUUUAGUGUCCGUGUGAUUGCAAACUCAGUUUCCACACGCCCUAAUGAUUUCCACGGGUCUCGAAUAUAAAUAUCCGUAGGAACGACGAUACUAUGAACAAUUGAAUUGUGUUUGAAAUCAUGAACUCGAAUGUAGAUGCCCUAUAGCACAAAUUUAGCGAGUUUGUUAACAUUGUACCUUGGCGUUUUGGGAUCUGCUAAUAAUUUCAGAUAUUCUACAUAUUUUGUUAGUACCAAAAAUGUAAUUUCGUAAUAUCGUGUAAGUGUGGGUCAGUGGGUAAGAGCUACACUGUAGAGACAAAGGCCCGAAGUUCUGUAGUCGAUAAGACUGUAGAAACGUUAGAGGAACUGUGGUGCCCAAAACUUUUCGUAGUAAUAAAGUGUGAUAAUUUCUUAAUUUUGUCUGUCUCAGUUCCAUGAAUGUACUAUUUUUGCUGCAGUGGUGAACCACAAAUCUAAAACUUACAACGUACAUGUUGUAAAAUAAAAUUUAAUACAGUGUACAUUCCAUAUUAAAGGUGAUUUGCAGAGUUGGGAGAGGGAAGUAACUACAUCACCAGACAAACUGAUGUUACAAGAUGUAUCAGGCUAUGUCACCACUGUAUUUGGCAGAAACUGGUGGCUUGGGUGCAGAUAUCCUGUGGAUGUUCUCAAGAAAGUAAAUCCAUUUACUCCGACAGGGAGAACAUACAUUCUUAAUGAAAGUGAUGUAAAACAAACCCAGUCGGCUUUAUUAAAAUGUAGUCUGUGAAGUUCCAAGACAAUUUAUUGGGAAACUGCUUUCAACUCAAAACUUAAUUUUUGUCUCAGCGCCUUGUCUCCGAGGUGAAUUUAAUGAGCGGCCUACAUCAUCCAAACAUUGUCGAGUACCAUGAUCGCAUAAUUGAUAAAACUUCAGCUACUUUAUAUAUAAUAAUGGAAUGGUGCCCAGGAGGUGACCUCUCUGUACUUAUAACAAAAUGUAUAAAGAGGAAUUUAUCACUAGACGAAGGAUUUAUAUGGCGUGUUCUCUAUCAGAUAGCACGCGCACUUCAAGCGUGCCACUCCCAGCUUCCAUCUGGAACAUUGUUGCAUAGAGAUGUGAAACCAGCAAAUGUCUUCUUAGAUUCAGAUAACAAUGCAAAACUUGGUGAUUUUGGGUUGGCACGUAUUCUAAAUAGUGACAGUAGCUGUAGUCAGACAUUUGUUGGCACACCUUAUUACAUGAGUCCUGAGGUUAUAAUGGGUGGCACAUACAGCAAAAAAUCUGAUGUGUGGUCGCUUGGGUGUAUUGUUUAUGAACUUUGUUCCCUCAGGCCGCCUUUCAAGGGUUCAAAUAUCAAACACUUAGCUCAGAAAAUCAUUGCAGGAAGGUUUCCAAGAAUUCCAGCACACUAUUCUGAAGACCUCCAAAACAUAAUUUCACUAAUGCUAAGUUCUAAGCCCUGUGAUCGCCCAACAGUUGAUGUUUUAAUUCAGAAUCCUGUUGUUCUUUCCCAUGUCAUUCAAGAUUGCAUUAAUGCAAAGUUAUCUGUACCUAAAAGUCUUCAAACUCUGGAAAAUCCAUGUGAAACAACUGAAAAGGUUAAAGUAUUCCUACAAAAUAACAUUGCAGCUGCCAAUCUUGCUGACGUUCAGGUGAUACCAAAUGACAGUUUCUCAAAAGGCUUUGACUAUAAGUUUCAGGACAUAUUGUCAAAAAAACUGGAGGAGCUCAAAAGAAAAGAGGCAGCAUUACAGUUAAAAGAGUUUGCAGUUGCUGAAAGAGAACGAGCUGUUCAAAAGAAAGAGAGAGAUUUGUACACAGCAACAACAGCUGAAGGAAGGUUUAUGACUGAGGGAAAAAGUCAGCAUAAAUAUCGUGAUGUUAAGUUGACAGCAUGGAAGCAGAAAACUCCACACUUGUACCAUAUACCUAUGAAGAAUGAAGACACUUCUUUCAGUGCAGACACAGGUGACACAAGUAUCCUUCCAACUUCUGCAAAACUGAUUGCAGAUGCUAAAGAAUGUUUCAUAAAAAAACCAAAUGAAAGGAGAGUUCAUUUUGAUACUGUACCAAUACUGGAUGCUGUUGAGUAUACAUUUUAUGACAGAAGUAGUACCCUUUGCAUUAAGAAGCCUGCAAUUGGUAAAACUAACGAACAUAUGCAUUCUGAAACUGCUGGUUGCAUCAGCAAGAAAAAUGUAUUGCACAGAAAGUCCUCUGCUCAGGUUCUCCAAAAUGUUGACAAUAUCAACCAGAAUAAUGUGGACAGUUCACAUAGGCAUGUAUUCAGCCAGUGGAAGAAGGCAGGUACCAUUCCCCGGACAGGGAGGGGUAAUUGUUCAAAUAAGGAAAAUAAGCAUCCUACAGUGUCUUCUGCUCAAAAUACAGUUGAAUUGCCUGUGGAUGAUGUUCUUACCAAGAAAUUCAGUUCAGUGGUAAAUUUCAGAUGAAUUCUUAUAGUGGAGAAUGAGUGGUAUGGUCUCAUGUAUUAAACACACAUAAAAAACUUAGUACCUGACUAGUUUGUAGCUAAUCAAAUUAACAUGGGGAUAGUUGAUCAAUAAAAUUAUUUUAUUC